CCACUUGCCCCCACACUCGACGCACGUUGCAGGCACGCAUACACACACCCGGCAUAGGCUAUAGCACUGCACGCCUCACCACCGACACAGACCCAGGACUCGCUUACGGAUACGCUCGCACGCAUUUGGAUUCGGAGAAGAGGCCUACAUAGAAACCCAUUAUUGGCCUUUGGGCUCGAGCAUCUAUAGAGAGAUACCACAGCACUCACAUUCACAUUUACUUUUACCCUCCUCCACCGUUGGAGCAGGACCCGGACCAGACUCAUCAGCUCAUCGGCCCAUUCGCUGUCAACAGUAACGACAAAUGCACCGCCCACACUCCUCGGCAUUCCAUUCCAUCCGGCCGCGCGCCCUGCUCGCGCUCGCCAUCCUCGCUUCGCCCGUGUUCGCAUCUCUCCCCUUGCCCAUGCCCGCUGGCGAGCCACCAGCACCGCCGCCGCAGGUAGAUGUCGAUUUCCUGGAGAGGCGGAAGACGCCGUCGACGGGGUACUACGACCCGAACAAUUCUGGCGGUGCGAUGCUCACUCUCGUGAACAACACGUAUCCCCCGGGCCUGCACGAGCCCAUCAACGUGAUCAUGUCCGCGUACUCGGACUGGGACGUGCUCCAGCCCGUGACGACCGACGGCGGGCUCAUCAACUGGUUCCAGUCCGUCGGGUUCUCGACCGAGUGUCUCGGGCAACAUUCGGGCGAUAAUCAGGCGGCGAAUUUGGGCGAUGGACAUGGGUACUUGAACCAGACGGCGGUUAUCCGAUGGGACUACGGCGACGCGACGGUGGGGACGUGCGAGGAGACGAUUGAGGGAGGGGACCAUAUUCGGUAUUGGAUACAGAACGGGCCCAGUGCGGACAGCGGUGCGGUGUUCAUGGCGCUCUCGUAUGAGAUGCCGAUAGCGCAACAACACAAUAUCGUUCCGAACGGGUAUAAUCUCGGCCGGGACUGGUUCGUGGGCAACGCGACGGCGCAGAGCAGUCUUAUUCCGUCGCUGAACGUUACGAACGCGUCGUCGUAUUCGGGGGAGACGACGUUUAAUGGGUACACAUACUCGAAUAGCGUUACGUACGUCUCGGGGCUCCUGCAGAACACGUCUAUUGGGAUCAACCACAACGACAGCGUGCCUAUCGACGGGAAACCGGCGAUCGAUGGGCUCGUUGCGGUCGUGGAGGUCAAGAUUGUGGGCAAGCCGGCGAACAGUGGUGCACUCCCACAGCUGGGCUUCUCGACGUCGCUCCUCACGUCGCUAGCUAUUCCAUUACUCCUCUCCGGCUGGCUAGCGCUCGCACCAUGAUCGUCUGCCCUGGAUGUUGUUGUCGUGUUGUCCUUCUAGCUAUAGGAUUGCUUGUUCGUCCGGCUAUCUGACUGUUUAUUGGACGCUGUCCUCUAUUAUCUCUUACUAUUGCAAUGCCCGCACAUAUUCCAUCACAUCACACGGAGUCUCUGUCUCUCGGACUGUUCAUACUACCCGCCGCUCUGCAACCCUACCCGAUUUUCAAGUUAUUUCGGAGUACAUACCUACCUACCUACCUCGAAUCACCGACACCCCGUCUACUGUCUACCCGUCUACCCCGUUACCGUUUACCGCUUUACGAACCCAUCGCUCGAUGAACAUAGAUCGGUCACCCCGUUUGGCGUUCUUUACUUCCGUUUCCAUCCCCGCCCUGCCCUUCACGUUGCCAGCGGUGGGCAGGUGGGGAAUCGCAGGGAGCGCCGGCGGGCACCAUAAUUCUUCUCUGUAUGCUUUCUCUCAGCG